AUGAUGUCUUCGAAUUCUUCGUCUACUCAACAUCCUUUGGGUUUGUCGAUUGAGGAAUUAUUUGCACUUGAUCGUCAAUAUCGUCGUAUUGAACAACAACAACAUUUACAACAACUUCAACAACAAGCUCAAGUAAGGCAAAAUACAUUAAUUUCAAAUUUAAGUCGUCAUACAGCGCGAUCAUCAGAUGCCAUACUCUCAAACGAUCGCCCUAGUUCGACGACAGCACGAUUAUCUGGUACAAAAACAAAUAUUCAACAACAGCGACCUCCUCCUCUACGCUAUGAACAACUACCAUCACUGGAAAUACAUGGACAAGGAUUUAGAGGUGGACAUCAUGAAAUGACAACCACAAAAUCGUCGCAUGAGAAUUAUACAACCGCUAAACCGUUUUGGAAAGAUCGACCCGAUUAUCAUACAAAGCCUCCAUCUCUUCAAGUCAAUUCAUCGUAUCGUACUCAACAAUCACGUGAAGAACCACAACAUUAUCAACGUUCUCAUUCUAUCGAUCAACUAGUCGAUUAUCGUCAUCGAGAUAAUAUAUUACCAUCACAGUACACUACAAAUGUCGAUCCAUCUCGAACACUAUACGGUACAAGGACAAUUGGUAGUGCACAACAUCAGAAUCUAAUAACAACCAGUGCUAUUGAUGCAACGCCACGAAUCCUAUCGGCACGAACUUCUCGUAUGCCAUCGACUGCUGUGUCUUCAACUAAUUUUGGACAAUCAAAUACUACAAAUUCGGAUCCACGAAAUAUUUAUUCAAAUCGUUCUCAAUGGGCGAAUAUGAGUUCUAAUGGGAGAUUAUCCUCAACACCUUUGGCAAAUACAAUGAUUAUCAAAGAAGGUAUCAUACCAUCGUCAACAUCGAAUGCAAUGUCGAAUCAUCAUCCUUACUCUCAUUUUUCUACAUUCAUCUAUGAUUCACCUUCCCACAUCUACGAAAUGCAUGGUGGUGACAAUCGUUCAUCAUGUAAAUUACGUCGUCAACCUCCCAUAAAACGUGAAUCAUCACGAAAAAUCGUUGUUCGUCCAGUUAUACAAAGACGACGAGCACCAUCACUAAGUAGUUCCUGCGAAUCACUCGAUGAAGACAGACAAGUUUCACCAACGAAAACAAAGAUACAAGCUUAUAACUCAUUAAACGAUCGAACAAAUUUAGAAAAUAUCCGUCAAUCUUCUACGAAUGAUGGACCAACAACAACCACUCUAGACUCAAUAGUUUCAAAUCGUUUCAGCAAUCAAAACCAGACCACCACUAGAUCUCCCAUUCAGUCUUCUCAGAAUCUGAAUAGUGAGGAUCGUCCAUUGAACGUCAACAAUGUUCUAGUGAAUGGUACAAAUACGAUUUGUGACGAUGUUUCGGAUACUGAAAAUAAUCAUAAAUCUCAUUUGACAGACAAUGAUUCUGAAGACAGCGCAAUCGAUUUAAAUUUGUACGAACAACGUCUUCAUAUUGGAAAAUCUUAUGAUACAAAUGACAUAAGUGUACAAUUAGAAGGACCAAAAAUUAUGGUACAUUGUCAUACGAUCGAGCCGACGGAUAAACGGGGUAAUUAUCGUAAACAUGAAUUUAAAACUGAAAUAUUCAUACCCGAAGUAGUGGAUGAUGAAACAAUUGUCUCGUAUUUGACUGAAGAUGGAAUAUUGAUUGUCGAAGGAAAAUAUCAACCAUGGGCAUGGGAAGCAAUUAAAAAACAGAGAAUUUUGGAAAAACAAAGUCAGACAAAACAGUCCUCAGUGUCAUUAUCAUCUGAUUUACUCCGAAGUUCCUCUAAUCCAGUAUUAUUAAAUAAUCAGAAUGAAACAAAUAAUGUAACAAGAAGUGAAGUAGACUUGGAGAAAAAAAUGACAAUAGUCAAGAACACUCGACAACCGCCAGCAUCACCACCACCUCCUCCUCUCUUACCGUUACUCAUAUCUAAAACAAAUAGCAAUAAAUUUCCCACACAAAUUAAUAAUAAUUAUCAUUAUUUUUCAUCUUCAUCGUCUACUGAGAAUAAAAAACAGGAAAAACCUUUCACUAUGACGUCAAAUGUCGAGCAUGAUCAAUAUAUAAACAAUAGUUCAUUUUUGGUGAAUCGUAUUGAGUCGAUCGGGAAUAAUCGAACAAUUAUUCACGUCGGACUACCUGCGCUGAACACACCACUUACAACUAAUACGUCAACAUCAACAGAUGAUAACGAUCAUACACAAAGUGUUAAACGUGUUAGUGAUAUAAUUAAUCGCUUUAAUAACAUUGCUACUCAAAGUUCAUCUCAACAAUCUUCUACGCUACAACAACAAUACACAAAUCGAAACAUAAAUAAUAAUAACAAUCAACAUGAGAUAAAUGAUCAAGAUAAUUUUAAUAAUGGAGAACAUCAACAACAAGAUGAAACGUUAACAGAUGGAUACCAUUGCUUCACUUAUGAUAAAGAUAGAACACUACAACUAAUUUACUACUUCAAACUACCAUUUGAAACACCUCUCGAUCAUAUUCGCGUACAAACGGAACAUAAUUCAUUAAAAAUUUUAAUCGAACAACAAGAAAGAGAUGACGGAAAAAUCAUUGUUCGUUCAACAUCGCGUCUAUGUCGACUACCCAAAGGUUAUCUUUACGACUAUGAACAACUGAGAGUGCUCUUUCUACAAGAAAACUUUAUUAAAAUUGAAUUGCCAUUACAACGAUCAUUGACAUCAGAAUCAACGACUAGGAUAGAUCAACAUCUGAUAGCUCAGAUGAGCAAGGAUACAACAGUAAGUUAA